UUCUACCUGAUAUUUCCACAUAAAGUAAGUACUCUAGCAAUGGGUAGCCCUUUUGUAAAUCCCUACUUUCAAACCCUCCCUCCCCCAAGAAAAUUUCUGUUGCCUUUCUGCAUGUGGGCUUACAUGUUUGAAAUUCUUAUUGAUUCCCAGGGUACUUGAGUUACUUAUUAGUAGAGAGAUGCCUGUGGAGUGAAUUCAGUAGAAAGCAAAUUUUUCAUUUGUUUCUAUUUAUUGCUAGGCUCCAAUGUCAGGUCCAUUGGAAAAACUAGUUAAUGAUCGUGAGCAAAUGCUGUUUUACUGGCUGUAGAGAUGACCUCUCUUGAUUGGGGUUCAUGAAGUUUACUAGAGCAGCAUAUAUGACUUUUUUUUUUGCCUGCUUGGUAAUAAAUAUUUGUUUAUAUGGCAGAAUUUUGUUUGUGCUUUAAUAAAUACUUUAUAGAUUGUUUAUGGGAGUCUUUAAAAUUCCUGGGUGUGACCUGAUAACUUUUGAAUGAUUGUUGGUUUCAGUCUGAUUGCAUGUUUGCUGGGCAAGAUUGUAUAUAGAAUUGUCCAGGGUUAGCGGCCAUCAGGAAGAGUGAGUUAAGAGAAGGCACAGUGUUAAGAAAGAUGUGUUACGGAUACUGAAAUUUCCUAUUGGCCUCACUAUGCCCUGGCCCUGGGAAAAGCGAAGUCCAAUAGGGGAAAAAAUGAUCAACUACCUUGAAUUUGUAGUUCAACUUAGGGACAUCCAUCAAGUUAAGACAACUUUUUAUGACACUUUGAGCAACUAAGAAAGAAGGACGCAGAAAGGAGAGGUGGAAGAGCAUGAUAUACGUGAUUUCAUCUGAUACACCUAAGAGGAAAUUUGACAGGAGACUGUUCUGGUGCAGCUGUAUGAUUGAAGCUGUGUGGAGCUGAGUGUCUUUGCAUUUUUUUCCACCCUAUUUGUGCAAACACAGUGUCAGUACCAAUACUCCUCCUGUCUACAGAACUGCUGCUCAGACAUGGGCAGUGUCACAUGAGGUAUGGGUACUUUGACAGGCUGUAAACUGUGAUUGAAGUGAGAAAAGUACUUGGUGAAACCUCAUCAUGAACCGUGCUUUCAGCAGGAAGAAAGACAAAACAUGGAUGCACACACCUGAAGCUUUAUCCAAACAUUACAUUCCUUAUAAUGCAAAGUUUCUCGGCAGUACUGAAGUGGAGCAGCCAAAAGGUACAGAAGUUGUGAGAGAUGCUGUAAGGAAAUUAAAGUUUGCAAGACACAUCAAGAAAUCUGAAGGUCAGAAAAUCCCCAAGGUUGAAUUGCAAAUAUCAAUUUAUGGAGUAAAGAUUCUAGAACCUAAAACAAAGGAAGUCCAGCACAAUUGCCAACUUCAUAGAAUAUCAUUCUGUGCAGAUGAUAAAACUGACAAGAGGAUAUUCACUUUCAUAUGCAAAGAUUCAGAAUCAAAUAAACAUUUGUGCUAUGUAUUUGACAGCGAAAAGUGUGCUGAAGAGAUAACUUUAACAAUUGGCCAAGCAUUUGAUCUGGCAUACAGGAAGUUUCUAGAAUCUGGAGGAAAAGAUGUGGAAACAAGAAAACAGAUUGCAGGGUUACAGAAAAGAAUCCAAGACUUAGAAACAGAAAAUAUGGAACUUAAAAAUAAAGUACAAGAUUUGGAAAAUCAAUUAAGGAUAACUCAAGUAUCAACAUCCCCAGCAGGCAGUGUGACAUCUAAGUCUCCCUCCACUGACAUCUUCGAUAUGAUUCCAUUUUCUCCAAUGUCAAACCAGUCUUCCACACCUGCGCGCAAUGGAACACAGCCACCUUCUGUACCUAGUAGAUCCACAGAGAUCAAGCGAGACCUCUUUGGAGCUGAACCAUUUGACCCAUUUAACUGUGGAGCAGGGGAUUUCCCUCCAGAUAUUCAAUCAAAGCUAGAUGAGAUGCAGGAGGGGUUCAAAAUGGGACUGACUCUUGAAGGCACCGUGUUUUGUCUUGAUCCAGUAGACAGCAAGUGCUGAUAUUAAAAAAGAAAGAUCCUGACUUAUAUUAAAUUUGCUUAUAUACAUAUAUAGCAUUCAUUGUUUGAAGACAGGUAUUAUACAUGUGCCAAUAUAUUUUUGGAUAUUUUAAUGUUUUGAAAGCUUUUGUAGUAAAGUUUCUCCACAUUCACUGUUGAUCAGUAUCUUUAAUUUUAAAUACAACUUAAUAUGAUGUGUGUCAUAGUUUUGUGUUCUUGUUUCUGUUGCAGAUGAGUUUAUCAUUGAAAAUCAAAUUAUCUUCUUAUUUUUUGGUUUGAGUUCUAAAUAAUUAAUACCAAUGCAUUCAUUCUCUAGGCUGCUAGUUUAUUAUUGGUUUCCCAAUAACCAUACCUUAAGUAAAUAUUUCAAAAUUCUGGAGAGAUAUAUGCCAAAGUAAACUAGUGUUUUAUUUGCAAACCAGUAAAUGCAUUAUCAUUCUAUGAAGCAGAUGUCAUUUAAUGUGUAUAAUGUUCACAUAAUUGGGAAAAUCUACACUUUGAAAAUUAUGCCACCAGUUCUCACAUUUUAAAUUGGUAAAGUAAGAAUAUAAAUUCCAGUAGUAAUUAAGUGAAACUUACAAAUCCUUUCUAGUUAAUUUCAGUUGUACUCCAACAUAUUUGAUUUGUUUUAUAAGUAAAAUUAUGGAAAGAUAAAACUACUAGUUACAAAAUAUCUAAAAUUGCACUUCCAAUGUGUUAGUAAGUUAAAUUAAUGUGACAACGAAAUAUUGUUUGACUUUAUCUCAUAAAAGCAAGCAUUUGGAAUGUAUAUUGUCUCUAGGCUUACAGCCUAUUGUCUACACCUACAUUACCACUUAUGGUUUUUCUCACCAAACUUUACUUGAUGAUAUCCCAUUGUUUUUGAAUUUUUAAAAUGUAAGAGAACUAUUCUGUAGAUAUUAUCAAGGUAUUAUUAUCAAGAUAUUAGCAAAUCUAAAUUUGAACUUGUUUUGUUGAAAUUAGAAUCUUAAUUUUCAUCAAAAUCAAUUUUCUGAUGAGUUUCAUCACGAAUCGGAGCAAUAAAAUUUUCUGGAAUCUCAUUCUUGAUUUACUGAUGAGUUGUAACCUUUAAGAAUAUUUGUUUUAAAUAUUGUUGCCCAUUGUGUAACAGAGUACCAGUAAUUAUGCAGAAAACAAUAUGAUCAGUUUCUACUUUGUUUUAUGAAAAAAAUUAAGAAAAACGAAUGAAAAUAUGGACCUAGAUUGGAGAUAUUCACCAAAGAUGGAUUCUAUUCAUGUGAAAAUUUUGUUUAAGUACUAAAACUCCAUUUUCACUAAGUACAAAUCAAAUAUAUUUAUCAAUAUAGUAUCGAUAUGCAUUCCCAUAAUGUUGUAUGGUAUAUAUGAAGCUUCUCGUUUGUGUUUUGUUACCUGCUAAGUUGUAACGUAAUUAGAGGGCAGUAUAUAUUUUACAAAGUAGGAUCUUUAUAAUUUUGGAAUUUGUAUAAUGAGGAUGUUUAGGAGCCACAUGGCUUUUUUUAACAGAUAGAAUUUGUAUUUUUAUUGUACUUUAAAAAGCUUUAUGCAAUAGGUAUAUAUUUAGUGAGCAUUUAUUAUCAAUGGUAACAUAAUAGAGUACUGAGAUGAUAUUUGCACAUUUAAGAUAUGUUACUUUACCAGUUUUUAAUAGUAGUCAAUUCUGCUACUGGCAUGAUUAAGCAGUACAUAAUUGAUCAUUAAUUAUGAACAUUUAUUUCACCAGUACAUUUUUAUGAAGAAAGACAUGGUUAAAAACUGUAUUUCUAUGUAAAUUCAUUGAUAUGUUUGAUUUUGAUGAGAAUAAAGGAUUUUAAAUAAAUUA